AUGUUUGAUUUUGUUCUGCAGACAGAACCUGCUCCCUGCAGCCUUCUCACCGUAAAGGUCAUAAAAAUGAAAAAUCUCCGGAAGGCAGACCUGCUAACCCAGUCUGAUUGCUACGUGACUUUGUGGAUGCCUACUGCUUCAGUGAAAAAGACUAGGACCCAGACCGUGAAGGACAACAAAGACCCGGUGUGGAAUGAAACAUUUCACUUUAGGAUUCAAAAUGAAGUAAAGAACAUUCUGGAGCUUAAAGUUACUGAUGAAGAUAAGCAUACUGCAGAUGACCAUCUCCUCACUGUUUUCUUUGAUGUUUCUAAAAUCCAACUUGGUGAAACAACCCGCCUGAGCUUUCAGCUGAAUCCAAAAGGUAAGGAGGAACUAGAAGUUGAAUUCACAAUGGAGAGCAGCCCAGAUGUCCCAGAGAAGAUAUUUACUAAUGGCGUUUUAGUGGCGCGUGAAGUUGCCUGUUUGGAAGUUCAAAUAGAUGGGGGAAGAAGGAAAACAGAAAGAAAAUUCACUCUUUCCGUGGGAGGAUCCCAUGAAGAAGCUCAAAACCUCACGUUGCGCACCUGGCUUUGCCGUGCUGCUCCUGCUAAAUUUCACUACAUCAAAUAUAACCAAUCAGAAUUGGAUAUUGAACUGCCAAGGAGACAGCUUCUUACGGCCUCCUCAGACACGAAUGAGUCAGCAACUGUUCCCCUGAACACUCUUCCUAUCAAAGAGCAAGUGACAAUACCACCGAACAAAACAUUUGAUUUGAGCGUGAAGUCAAAAGAUUGGCCGAAAAGUCUUGAUGUGCGUCUAGGAUAUGAUCUGUGCUCAGAUGAAAAGAAUUUCCUACAGAAACGGAAGAAAGUGGUUGCUGCUACUCUGAAAAGUCUUCUUCAUUUAGACCAAGACCUGAAAGACCAUGAAGUGCCUGUGAUUGCUGUGACAACUACAGGAGGUGGAAUGAGAGCAUUAACCGCUAUGUAUGGCACCCUUUGGGGUCUCCAGAGACUGAAGCUUUUGGACUGUGUUUCGUAUAUAACAGGCUCCUCAGGGACAACAUGGACGAUGUCAGAUUUGUAUGAAGAUGCUGAUUGGUCAAAGAAAGAUCUUGGGGAGAUCAUCAAGAAAGCUCGAAUUCAAGCAGCCAAAUCUAAAAUGAGUGCCUUUUCCUUGGAAAGCCUAAAAGCUUACCAUAAGGAGCUAUGCCAGAGGACCAUAGCAGGAUAUAAGACAUCCUUCAUAGACCUUUGGGGACUCAUGAUCGAAGCCAUGCUGAAUGAUGGGAACAACCACCAUAAACUCUCAGAUCAACGACGAGCAUUGAGCAAAGGCCAGAACCCUCUUCCAAUCUACCUGGCUUUGAACGUUAAGGACAAUGUUACCACAAGAGAUUUUAGAGAGUGGGUAGAGUUCACACCAUAUGAGGCGGGCUUCCUGAAAUAUGGGGCGUUUGUUCGUGCUGAAGAUUUUGGAAGUGAGUUUUUCAUGGGGCACCUGAUGAAGAAGCUCCCAGAAUCAAGGAUCUGCUUUAUGCAAGGAAUGUGGAGUAGCAUAUUUUCCAAGAAUCUGUUGGAUGCCUGGCAUGCAGCUGACAAUUCAGAGGACUUCUGGAACAGGUGGACCCAAGAUAAUAUCACUGAGAUUGUACCUGACUUACCGGAGAGACCUCACGAGAUGCCGACUCGCAUGUUCACUCCAGCAGGCAGCCUUUCCAAUACUCUACGGGAUAUUUUGACAGACCGUCCAGCGGUGUCAAAGUACCAUAAUUUUUUGAAAGGGUUCCAACUGCACAAUGAGUAUGCACAGGAUCUACAGUUUUCUAAGUGGAAAGAUACUGUGCUUGAUGAAUCCCCUAAUCAGUUGAGAGAUUCAGCAGAUCACCUGGAACUGGUGGAUACAGCAUUUUUCUUUGAUACCAGCUGCCCUCCACUUCUGAGACCAGAGAGGAAAGUUGAUGUCAUUCUGCACUUCAAUUACACUGGAGGAUCACAAGCUAAGCCUUUGGAGCGGGCCUCUACAUACUUCACAGAGCAAGGAAUCCCAUUUCCCAACACUUUGCUGAAUGAUGAAGAAAAGAAAAAUCUAAAGGAGUGCUACGUGUUUGAAGAUGCACACAACCCAGAUGCUCCCACAGUGAUUUAUUUCCCACUAGUGAAUGACACCUUCCAAAGAUAUCUUGCACCCGGUGUGGAACGUAGCACUGCUGAAAUGUCACUGGGCAAUGUUGAUAUCUCUAGUGCCUUUUCUCCAUAUUCCACAAGACAGGUUUCGCUGCAAGACGAGGAUUUCAACAAGCUGCUGAAUCUAACUAACUACAAUGUCCAGAAUAAUGCAAGCACAAUCCUUCAUGUUUUGCACAAAGCAGUAGACCAGAAAAAACAGGCCUGGUCAUCUCAGGCUGCCUCAUGAAUACACCUUUCUUGUAGGGAUGGGGGGAGAUAUUCAGUUCAGUUACCAUUGAAAGGUGCCAGUUUGCACUUUCCAAAAGUAUAUGCAAACCAAAGCACAGCAAGGCUUCAAAAUUUGCACUUCUCUGAAUUUUGCAAUGCAGUUCUCCGGUCAAGUAAUGUGUACAAAAAUUCAUAUGCUAGGAUAAAUUAUGCAUUAAGUGCAUAUAAUAGUGAAGCAAUAUGUACAAAAGUGAAUUACAUAUGGGGAAAUUGCUUUGCAAAAAGUACUUUAGGCAAAAAUGUACAAAAUUGUGUCUUAGUAGAAAUCUGCACUAAAAUGCUGCUGAAUUUUCAUGAGUGCUUUUAAAAAAAAUGCAAACUGAUGUGGAAGGUGGAUAAAUGAACUUAAGACUGAAACAAUGAGAAACUGAAAUUGAGAGAUUUGCCCAUCCCAACUUCCUUGCCAGCUUAAGAAGAAAACUUGUAAGUGGGGAAGAGAUCUAAUAGCUGGUCAAAAUGGUAGUUGGUUUUAAAGGAACUCAAAUAAUUCAAAACUGACUACUAAUUUUUUUUCUUAGUUUUUUUCAACAUGGGAGACCUCACUUAGCCAAGACAAGGACAGAUAGCUCUUUCUCGAUGUUUACUAUCAUUGCAAUGGUUCUAGUAUGCAAUUGGCAGGGUGGGAUAGGGAGUUCCAUCUGUGCAUUUGAGCCCACAAAAGUUUGGAUCAUGGCAUACAGAUCAUUGCAAUUCCUUCCAUAUUUUCAGAUCCCUUAUUAUUCAAAUGUUUCCCUGUAGGCAUAAAUAUUGAUUCUUUACUAUUCUUUUUAAAUCAGCCAAGGUAGUUUUCUCACAGUAUUUUCUCUAACUCAUUUGAAAAGGGUGGUUAAUCUUUCAUCUAGAUAUUGUUCAGACUAAAGUGUUAUUCUUAAUAACUGUGAAAUACAGCCCAUAACAAACUUAUAUAAAUGCCAAAUUGAAAUCAUGGUUGAACAAUUGAGUUACACUCUGGAGGGUUGUUUAUCUCACAGACUGCAACCUAUAUGCUUUAUCUGGGAGUAAGUCCCAAUGAAUUCAGUGGAGCUUCUUGCUGACUCUGAGGAAACACGCAGGAUUGCACUGUCAGAUCUGUUCUCUUACCUAAUACUAAUUCUUUGUUGCAGGCACAAAGUUACAGCUACCGUAUUUAAUCUUGUGUGUGUGUGUUAAUAGGCUACCUUUAUCUCUUCCUCACAUGUCUUUUGUUUUAAGAACUGGUUUCCUGUAUGAUGGUAGAUGUAUAUAGUCAGCUGAAAAGUUUAUGGUUAGGUAACUGCUUUCAUGUGAAGAAAUGCUAAAAUCAAAAGCAUGAACAAACAAC